CUCGGCCGUAGAAUUGGGGUUGCCUGCGCCUAUCAAACGGAGGCUGCUUGGGGCUGCUGAGGAAAGCGGGAGGUGAAAUAUUCUCCUUAGCCUGCUGUAAUUAAACAAUUAAGCGGGUUUUAGGUGCUGUACCCAGAGCCCUGUGGAGCGUUCUUCGCACUGCUGUGCUAGAGGGGUGGGGUGGCAGUGUGGGCCCUCCUGCCCAAAACCCCCAGUUCCUGACGGAGAAGGUAGCAGCCUCUCGUUCCCCACUGGCUACCCCUAAUUACCCCCACGUUCCAACUCCCCGGCUGGCUUGCUUUGUUGGACUGCACACCAGGAGUCGUGCGCACGCCCCUUUCCCCAGUAAAGCAGCGUACUUUACCAAAAGGAGUAUUAGUGACUUUUUCACCCUAGUCUGGCAGCCUGGCUGCAUACCACACCCAGAUGAAUGAAGACCCCAUUCGGGAAGAACGCGGGACAGAGAUCACGAGCUGAUGCAGUAGGGCAUGCAGGUGUGUCUGCAAAUAUGAUGAAGAAAAAGAACUCUCACAAAAAACACAAGGCCAACCUGGGGCCUAACAAGCCUGUGUCACAGCCGCGGCGAAACAUUGUAGGCUGCCGCAUACAGCACAUCUGGAAGGAGGGGAGUGGCGCAGCUUCGCAAUGGAAGGGUACUGUGCUGGACCAGGUGCCCGUUAACCCCUCGCUCUACCUUAUCAAGUACGACGGCUUUGACUGCGUCUAUGGGUUGGAGCUGCACAAGGACGAGCGGGUGCAGGGUCUUGAGGUGCUGCCUGACCGGCUCGCAUCCUCGCGCAUUAGCGAUGCCCACCUGGCAGACACCAUGAUCGGGAAGGCAGUGGAACACAUGUUUGAGACGGAGGAUGGUUCUAAGGACGAGUGGCGGGGGAUGGUCCUAGCCCGAGCGCCCAUUAUGAACACUUGGUUCUACAUUACUUACGAGAAGGACCCAGUUCUCUACAUGUAUCAGCUGUUAGAUGACUACAAAGAUGGAGACCUACGCAUCAUGCCUGACUCAAAUGACUCCCCACCGGCGGAGAGGGAGCCUGGCGAGGUGGUGGACAGCCUGGUGGGCAAACAGGUGGAAUACGCCAAAGAGGACGGCUCCAAACGGACUGGCAUGGUCAUCCACCAGGUUGAAGCCAAGCCCUCUGUCUAUUUCAUCAAAUUCGAUGACGACUUUCACAUCUACGUUUACGACCUUGUAAAAACCUCCUAGGCCAGUGGAUUGAGUAGGAGCAGGCUUGUGGAGGAGGUUGGUUGCAGUUAAGUGUGGAGUUGGAGGAGAGGAUCUGUCAGAGAAACGGGGGAGGGGGAAAAAGAACAUAAUCCAUUGAGUUUUGCCAAACUUUUUUCUCAAGCGUUUCAUUGUGACAUCUUUACCGGAGACGAGAUGGGACAUUUCACUGGAGCCUUUAGAUUGCCACUAGUUGAGCGUCUGAUUGUUUUGGGAGCGACAGCGCGAGAGGAAGCUCUGUGUAGCACGACGCUCAGCUGUCACACAAGAAGAAUUAGGUGAAGGAACCAAGUUCUCUUAAGGCCGUCUGACCUUAACAAACCUUAAGAAGAUCUCUAAAGAUGUAUCAUCAUCCUGACUUAAACAGUGAAAAGAGAGAGAGGGAGAUCUAAUGCCUGAUGGGACCUUGCACUCUGCAUUUUUUGAGUCAGCUCUUGUCAUUGUUUCUCAUUGGGUUAAAUGUGGCCAAUGACUCCAGCAGCUUUCCGUAGGAGAGCGGCCUCACACACUUGUUUGGUUUCUAUGGUGUUCUGACCUGCAUCGCCCAGUCACACUUUAUCAGAGAUUUGAAAAAAAAAAAACGGUUAUUUAUCGUUGUUGGUUUGGUUUGUUUUGUUUGUUUGUUUUCCUGUUUUCUUUUCGAAUUUAAUGUAUGCAGUGUGCAAAUCCCAGCACGGCCCUGUCUUGUUUUUUUUGUUUUUGUUUUUUCUCCGUUUACUUGGUUCUGCCCCUGUUCUUGAUAAACAGCAUACUCAGUGUUGCAGACCUACAAUUCUAUGCUGAUGCAGUGUGUUUUAUUACAGUUUUGUCUUAAGCACUAAUUUUCAGAUUAUCUCUGAAAGAGAGAGAAUUGGAGCACUUGAAAUUUUGUGUUGUUCCUUUUUGUGAUUUAAUCAGAUUUGGUCACUUUGAAUUAUUUUUUGAAUGAACAAAACUGAUUGGAUUUGUUCUUGUUUUAGUUGACUGAAGUUUUGUAUGUCUUUGAAAGUCCCUUAACCAUUUCAUUUAUGGUUAUGACAUAUUUAAGAACAGUAACAAUCAUAAGUAGCACAAUGAUUAUUUGUAUCUUUUUUGUGAAGUUCACAAAGUGAUUAUUUCUGCACAUUGUUUGCCUUUUUUUUUUUAGAUUUUACAUCUAGGUAUUUUUUUUAUUUACUCCAUUUUUAUUUUGAAAUUAAAAGGUUUGUGUGCAUCAUCUCAAACUGUUACUCAUACCCUUAAAAAUAUUCAGACUGCAGAGAUGUGUGUAGUAUUUCAUUUUCUUAGACCACACUCAACAAGUCAGCUAAAGGUAAUUAGAAAAGGCAAGUGUACAUUACAUUGCUCUUUCAAUUUGUUCAUGUUUGAAAUACGUAUUAGCCUUCUUUAUUCUUUCUCUUUGCCUCAAUUUGAGCCUAAACAUUUGUGCCUCAUUGGUAACCAUUGAAUGGUUAGUCAUUAUUUAACUCUACAUUUUUAGGCUUUUUUUUUUUUUUUUUUUUUUUCCCCCCGUUUUGUUAUAUCUUUUUGUUGUCAUUUCCAUUUUUCUCCCAGAAGUUAGUGCACCGGAUGACCAGGGCCCCCUGUUGGAAUGUUACAAUCCUUCUUAGCUGCCCAGCGAAGUCUCAAAAAAUAAGUCCCAGAUGUUGCUCAUUACCUCACAGAGUAGUGUUCAAGUGUGUUCAACUCCUGACACACACAUUUUUCUCCUUGCCUCUCCCGCCUUUCUGUGACUGUGCACUACGAGAACACACCAACCAAGUCUCUGAAGUGGCUUCAGUGGUGUCCUGUGUUUUCAUGAUGGAAAGAAAAAAAACACAAACCAUGUUCAUGCCUUGUAGCUGAUGGGGUGAGAGUGAAUUUUUUUUUUGUAUAAAUGUUCAUGGCUCAUUCAUGGCGUUCUCACCUACAAGUUUGUUACUGUUUUAGUUCCCACAACCCAAAAUAGUCUGAUGUAGCUUUCUAAUGUAGGAAAGUCGCUGAUCCUGAGAGGUUGAUUGACAGUGGCAGCUUGUCUAACCAAAAUACUAAAUCGAAUACGAGUUUGGGAAAACAAAACCUGAUAAUCACCUAGCGCUGAAAAAGGAUAACCAACGCGGUCAUAGCUGGUCCUUGCUGCCUUGCUUAUCCAGCCGGUCAAAGGUCAACGGCCAACUGCCACUCUCCAAGCCCUCAGUAGGGCGACAGCAGCAGUGUGCAUAGUCAUCACCCGUCAUGGCUUUAUGUACAUGCAGUGUCUUCAGUCAGUAGGGAUCUGUCUCCUGGUGAUGCCAUCUGUCCUUAUUCAAAGAGAGGACGACCUUCAGUAAAAACAACUAAAAGACUCCUUCUAUGGACUGGCCUUUUACAUUUACCUACUGUAGUAUCGUACUGUGUUUUGAUGUGGGUUCGACGUGGAAAGUUGUGAGAAAAAAAAGGACGAAAAAAAAUGAAACUCUAGACCCUUCAUUUUGCAUGAGUAGAACCUGUAAGUGUAAGUUAGUGUGAUGCAUGUGUUUUUGUCUCCAUUUCAGUUACUUGUUCCCUAAAAUCAGAGAUUUUAUGUUGUAUUGCUAAUUGUGGAAGUUCCCUUUAUAUUUGUUUGCAUUUCCUCAGAAAAAAAAGAAUAAUAACAAAGUAUUUUUUAUUUUAUUUUGUACUAUGCUCUAUAGAAUCAAAUGCACUGGUGUUGUAUGUGGAGUGCCAACAGGGUGGUGGAGGUACCAGUGUUACACAGCAUUUGAGGGAUCAUAUCUUUUACACAAUGCUCCUGUUCUACACAAAGACAAAUUAUUUAUAUGUAUGUAUCUUUUACCAGUGCCAUAAUUAAAACAUCUUUUAAAAAAAAGAAAAGAAAACAGCCUUAUGUGAUUGGGAGAGAGAGGGAAAUGAAACUGUAUACAGAUCUAUAUAUGAAGGGUGUAUGCAUGUGUGCGUGUAUGUAAUUGAGUCCUUCUGAUAACAUAUCGGAUUUAACAGUGUACAUUUUCACAAACAAAAAUGAUACUAGUUUCAGUUACAUUUCAGUUACAAUGCUGAUUGUGUGAGGCAAAUGACAGUAUAAUGAAUAUGGUCCCUUUGAGAUGCUGUUCUUUAAAUACAUUGUAAAAUACAGUGCAAUUUGAUGGUCACACAGAUACAUGUAUAGUUGCUUCUCUUUUUGGACUAGCUAUAUGGCUUCUAUUGGACCACAUUUUUUGUCUUUGUUUUCAAACAUGUAGAUACUCCAUUUUAUUUGCAUUUAAAGGUAUAAACACAUUUUAAAAACUGUUACUUAAUUCUGUAAGUAAUUUUUAUAAUUAUUAUGUAAGUCUAUCCUUAUAACAUUAAAAAUAAAAACGUUAUGUGACAUUG